GUGAUUCGUCACCGAUAAACUUUCCCAGAGUCUCAUCGCUCCAAAAACACGUUCCCGAAUUGCUCAAUGGGUGAGUGUCACUGGGAAGAAGUACCUGACCCAAGGCGAGGUCAUCAACUCCCUCAAUGGCUCGAGAGGGCAGUAUAUAAGACAUUCCCUUCGUCUCAUUUGGCCGUUUGAGUUAGACAGUGCAAGUGUGACAAUGAAAGUGAUUGGUUUUCUGGUGAUUUUGGGGACUUUGGCAGCAGCUGUGCCAGUUCCAGACGGGCUGGAGCCCAAAAUUCCAGUGUUGGAGAGGACAGAAGUGAGGGAUGAGCAUGGACAGUACGCCCUGAGCUACCUGACAGCCAAUGGAAUUGCCACGGCUGAGCAGGGAGCUCUGAAGCAAUCCAAUGAGGGACAUGUUCUGGUGCGACAGGGAUCAUGGGCAUAUCUCGGUCCAGACAAUGUCAAGUAUGUCGUGAACUACGUGGCUGAUGAGAAUGGGUAUCGAGCCACUGGUAGCCACUUGCCAGAACCACCAGCUCCGUGAGAAAAUUGCUACGCGGGCAUUUUUCUUGCCUUUUAUUAGGUUUUUAGGUUUUUUUUUUGUAAAAUAAAGCUGUAUGAGACA